AAAUGGAGUUCACACAUCUAUCUAUUUUUAACAUGACCAUCGAGUUCACUAUAUAUUGCACCAGUACGUCUUUCAAACUCAGACACUCACUGAAUUUCUACCACUUCAUAGCUUAAAUGGAGUUCACACAUCUAUCUCUUUUAGCUCUAUUUUUUUUGACUCUCAUUGUAGGAAUCAAUGGAUCUAAAUCAGGAGAAGAAUAUUGGAAAUCUGUAUGGCUGAAUACUCCUAUACCUAAAGCACUUUCAGAUCUAUUGAUGUCCGAUAGUGGAACCGAUAUGCCUAUUAAAGGCGAAGAAGAGAAGCAAUAUUGGACUGUCUUUUUUGAGCAUGACCUCUAUCCCGGCAGUCGAAUGAGUUUGGCGACCCACAAACAUUCGGAUCUUCAACCAUCACGAUCAAGGGCAGAGGAACCAGUCGAAAAAGAAAGUAAGCCUUUUGAAACUCGCAAAUGGCUUGGGAAAGCAAGUCAGCCUUUUGGCAUUGCUGCAUGGAGGGAUAAAAAAACAAGUGAUAAAGCAAGUCAGCCUUCUGGAGUUUAUAUAUGGAGGGAUCAAGAAACAAGUGAAGCAAAUCAACCUUUUGGAAUUAACAUAUGGUGGGAUGGAAAAACUAAUGAAAAAGAAAAUCAACAUUUUGGAUUCCUCAUAUGGCAAGACAAAACUACUAAAGUAGAAAAUAAAAAACCAAGUCAAAAUUUUGAAACACAAACAUUAGAUGAAAAAGAGACACACAUUCUUCAUGACUAUUGUGGAAGACCAUCAGCAAUAGGGGAAGACAAACAUUGUGCAUCAUCACUAGAAUCAAUGAUGGAUUUUGCCAUUUCAAAGCUUGGGAAAAAUAUCAAAGUGGUAUCAAGUUCGUUUGCUCAAAAUCAGGACGAAUAUGUGGUGGAGGAAGUGAAGAAAUUAGGAGACAAAGCAGUGAUGUGUCAUAGAUUAAAUUUUCAUAAAGUUGUAUUUUAUUGCCACCAAAUAAAUGCGACAACAACUUACAUGGUUCCAUUGGUGUCUUCUGAUGGAACUAAAUCUAAGGCACUAACUAUCUGCCACCAUGAUACAAGAGGUAUGGAUCCUAAUAUGCUUUAUGAAGUUCUCAAAGUGAAGCCUGGAACUAUUCCUAUUUGUCAUUUUAUUGGCAAUAAGGCUGUGGCUUGGGUACCCAAUGAUGAUGUGAGUGAGUCUGAUGGCCAUCCUUGUGUCAUAUAGCGGAUUUGUAUAUUUAGUCUUUUAUGUAUAAGAAUAUAUAAUCAAUGUAUUCCAAAUAAAACUAUGGCCAGCCAAUGUACUAUGGUAAUGCUUAGAAAAACUGUUGUGUUUCUAUGGAUGGAUCAUGGAUUCCAAAACCAUGCUAAUGAAAUGUUAUUUAUCAUGUUAUUUAUU